AUAUUAAAUUUAAUUUUAAAUUAAUUGCAAUAUUUUUUGUUAAUAUAUUAAUUUUUUUUAAACACUAACUCAAACUGCUCCUAUGGUGGAAAGAUAAUGGAAUUAGUGAUGAAUCACAAGCCUUUGCGUCUCUAUUGUUGGGCUUUUUGUACCCUCUCUCUCUCUCUCUCUCUCUCUCUCUCUCUCAUGUCCAUAUGAUAUGCAGCUGUUAAAAGAAUGGAGGAGCCCAAAAUUCAACAUUAGAGUGGUUACUGCAUUAUAUCCCUUCUUUUUUAGCUCUUUCUGACUUCUCUGACUUUGCUCCAUCAUCUCCAUUUCUUCUGCUUCUGCUUUCCCAUGACGCUAUAAUUGCCUGCAUAUAUCUCUCUUGAAUCUUGAUGAGCUUAUGUCUCCGUUUAUUCACUUUUUAUCUAUUUUCACCUACUCCAUAAGUGGUAAAAACAAGAAAACACAAUUGCUACUAUGUCUUUUCUUUUGAUACUUUCACACUAUCUCCAAAGCAACAUGUCCUUGAGCCAUACUAGCCAAUUUCAAGAUACCACCAUGUUAUGUUCAAGUCUUCCAAGGAUAACCUAAGAAGGUUUGUGGUGCUUUGAAUGGUGUUGUUGAUCCAUAAAAAAAAUGGAUCAAGUAUAAUAUUUGCAUGCUAGAUAAUCAGUUUUAAUUUGUAUGAGAGAAUUACUGGGAUUAGGAUACAAAUGGUAAACAUAAAACAACAAAAUAAAAUGAUAAUGAAUUGGGAAGGAAAGAGAAGGUAGUGCAUGUAACUUUGUAUUAGCAUGUUCCAUAGAAUUUCCUUGGAAUGAUUGUAGGCAUUUUAUCUAAGAGGCUAUAUUACAUGUCCAAAUGAUUUGGCAUAUUGAAAUAUGCAGAACUCAAAAGGCUCUAUGGUAGCUAAGGAAGUUCUCAAGGUGAUUGUAAUGCCUAAUCUCACAUUGAAAGAACAGUGAAGCAUAGUGUUUGAGUAACUUACUAGUUCUUUCACAGAAUCCUUUAUUUUUUGUUCCUUACUUCAACAUUGCACUCCCCAAUUUAUUACUGGUAGCAUAGAGAUAUAUGGCUCCUUUUUUAGUCUACUGGUAACUUUUACUUGUUAUUGAAUCACAGAUGCAGCUGGAUUGAGGUUUCUUUGCUCCAAGUUUUAGUUAGGAUUUAAAGGUCAUCUUUGUGAACCAGUAGCUUUUCCAUUUCCUGCAAGAUAAAUGAUGAGCCUGUGUUCAUUCUUUGAUUGCUUACACAGGUUUUGGCAAAAUGAUCGGAUUGCAAUAUAUAUACUUUAAUGGUUUUAAUAGCCAUUUGAAAAUCAUUUUUAAGGUCAUUCAUUACCAUAGAACCCAAGUAUUUAUGUAUUAUAUCGAGUCUAUUCUUGAAUUUAAUGCACAGUCAAUAAUAAGCAAAUUAUAUAACUUUUCACAUGAGGGUUGAAGGUUAUAAAAUUUCAUUUUUCAUGCAUGCCUUAAAUGGAAUUUGAGUUUAAAAUACUUUCAUGGCUAAGAACAAAGAAAGGUUAUUUCUUUCUGAAUUUCUCAGGGGCUAAGUUAGGGAAUCAAAUAGUGCUCAAGUAGUUUACUAAAAAUAUAAAAAGCCCUUGCGUCCAACCAAGGUAACAGUGAUCUUAGUGUUUUGCAUGACUUUGAAAGCUAUUAGAUGACUGCAUGGAAUUUCAUCCAGUUGGUGUGCUGUGAUAUGGCAUAUGUCUUGAAUUAGAUGAUUGUAAUCAUUUACUUCUGUUACUGAUUGUCGAUUGGCAGAAUUUGGUGCAUCCUUCUUCUUUGCUGAGGCCCUGAAUGUGGGCAUGAUCAUGAGGUGAAGCAUUAGUCAAUCAGCUUCAGCAGCUUGUUCGAUUUUUCUCUGAUUCAGAUAGACCAAAGUAUUUUUGCUUUUCAUGAUCAUGACAUUGCAGAACAACAAAUUAGAAUCUGAAAAUGAGUCUGAAAUCAACAGCCAAGUGGCAUCCAAUGUAUCUUUGCAAGAACCAUCCCCUGAUCCUUCCAAGGACAGCAGCACCCCGUCUUCCUCUCUCACAGAUCUUGCUAAGCUUCAACAUGGUCCAAUGCCUGUUUCCCUUGACCUAUCACUUACUUUUAACUCCAAUGACAUUGAGUUGAAAGGCACAGGUGAGACUAGCAGUAAAGUAGCUGCCCCUACUCCAGCUGCAACCAUCCCCAGAGUUUUCUCUUGCAACUACUGCAGACGCAAGUUCUACAGCUCACAGGCACUCGGAGGCCACCAAAAUGCACAUAAGAGAGAACGAACAAUGGCGAAGCGUGCAAUGCGUUUGGGAAUAUUUUCAGAUAGGUAUACUAGCUUGGCAACUCUGCCACUUCAUGGUUCUGCAUUUAGGUCCCUUGGGAUCAAAGCUCAUUCUGCGAUGCAUCAUAAUAUGGUACCACCACAAAAGCCUCCUGAUACAAGAGGUGGAGCUAGAUUUGAGCAAAGCUAUUAUGGAACUCCAGUAUUCACGGAAGAUGAUGAUGUUGGCCUGCAUUGGCCCGGAAGUUUUAGGCAGGUGGAUGAAUCAGUUGGUGGUAAGUUUGGCUUAGAGUUGGGUCAAAGUCGAAAUAUGAAUAUUGUAGAAAUGGCACCGCAGCCAAGGACCGAUUCAUCUGCACCGGAUCUUACCUUGAAGCUCUGAAUUUUGUAAUUUUCUUUUGAAUUUAUGAUUUAGAUAUGCUGCUCAUAAUAGUCUUUGCUUUGUACAGUGAGAUAUGCAUUGGCAACAGGCUGAGAUUAAUUUUCCACUAGAACAAUCUUCUUGUUCUUCUUCUUCUUCCUCCUUAUUAAUUCUAAUUUGUACUUCGCAUCACUGACUAACGUUGUUGUGCAAGAGAUUCUGAAGGCUUAAAUUAAUCUCAAGGUCUUGCAAUAAUAUUUAUGUUAA